AUGCUCGCAGCACCAUGGCGCGCGCCUGUUGCGGAAUUACGCGCUGCGCUUGUUGCGGCGGAGGAAAUCGCGGGGCUGAAAGGGCGCGCGUGGCGACCAGCGGGGCGGUGCUGCGGAAGAAGCCACUGGGUGGCGCAUGCGCGCGCUCUCCCGCAUGCGCGCACUCAUGCGCUUGCUCAUCCGCGCGCACUCCGCACCACACCUCUCCCCUCGCUCCUCUCUCCGCUCUCGUCCCUCGCCCUCGCCCCGUCGAGACCUCCCCGCACCGCAUUCCCCCCUGAGAGGGUUUUUGAGUCGCAUAGCGGAUCGCUUCAUGUUGACACGGCGCUCGUCCUAUUUCGCACUAUCUCCCCUGUUCCCACAGCUGCCCACACGUCUCGAGAACAGGGCUUUGAGUCGCAUACGGCGGGGCGGCUGCACAAGGAGCUGGCGGAGUGGCAGCGCAACCCGCCCCACGGAUUCGUGUACCACCCCAGUGAUAACCUGCAGAGAUGGAGCAUAGACGUGCACGGGGCAGCGGGCACGCUGUAUGCAGGGGAGGUGUUUCAGCUGCAGGUCGACUUCCCCUCCAACUACCCACUCGAAGCCCCUCAGGUCAUAUUCUCGCGCAACCCACCAGUGCACCCACACAUCUACAGCAACGGCCACAUAUGCCUUGACAUCCUGUACGACUCGUGGUCGCCUGCCAUGACUGUCAGCGCAGUGUGUCUCUCCAUCCUCUCCAUGCUCUCCAGCUGCAAGGAGAAGGUGAGGCCGGCAGACAACGAUCGGUACGUGCAGCGCAGCGGCCAGUCCCCCAAGAACACGCGCUGGUGGUUUCACGACGACCAGGUGUAG